GUGGCGAGAGCGAUAGACUGCGCCCUAGUUCAACAAUUGGCCGUGAAGCAAUCAAAUUUUUGCUGCGAUUGUUCAAACCUGGAAACCCUUUGCAUUGUUGUUCAUCAUCUUUGAUUUCAUGGAUCAAGAAGUAACAGUCGACGAGAAUUUCCCACUUUUUUCAAAAUCACAUCGGAAAACCCAUAAACCUUCACUAAAAAACCCCACCGCCGUCGAUAAUACCGCCCAGAAGGCGCCUAUUCAGAUUGAGAAAUCCACAGAACUCACCACUAAAUCCACGAACGUUACAUUUGCCGACCUCGGCUUAUCGGAAUGGAUCGUCCAGACCUGCAAGGAAUUAGCUAUGAAGAAGCCAACGGCGGUUCAAACCCACUGCAUCCCGAAGAUUCUGGCUGGCCUCGAUGUACUAGGUCUUGCUCAAACUGGAAGCGGGAAGACUGCGGCGUUUGCCUUGCCGAUUCUUCAACAGCUUUCGGAAACCCCUUUCGGCGUCUUCGCGUUGGUCGUCACUCCCACUAGAGAAUUGGCUUAUCAAUUGGCCGAGCAGUUUAGGGCACUCGGAUCCUCCUUGAAUUUGCGGUGCUCUGUGGUUGUCGGAGGCAUGGAUAUGUUGAACCAGACGCAGAGUUUACUGAAGAGACCUCACAUUGUAAUUGCAACGCCGGGGAGGGUUAAGGUAUUGCUGGAGGAGAAUCCUGAUAUCCCUGCCGUCUUCUCCAAGACUAAGUUCCUAGUUUUGGAUGAAGCUGAUAGAGUAUUGGAUGUUGGAUUUGAAGAGGAAUUGAAAGUUAUCUUCAAAUGCUUGCCACGAAAUCGUCAAACUCUAUUGUUCUCCGCAACAAUGACAAAGGAUCUUGAAACACUCCUUGAGCUUUCUGCAAACAAAGCAUACUUUUAUGAGGCUUAUGAAGGGUUCAAGACAGUUGAUAUGCUUAAGCAGCAAUAUAUAUUCCUGCCGAAGAAUGUGAAGGAUGUUUAUCUACUCCACAUUAUGUCUAAAAUGAAAGAUAUGGGUGUUCGAUCAGCUAUCAUAUUUGUGCACACUUGCAAAAGCUGUCACCAUUUAGGUUUGUUACUCGAAGAACUUGAUCAAGAUGUGGCGGCGUUGCAUUCAUUCAAGUCACAGUCUGAGAGGCUUGCUGCGCUUUAUCGAUUCAAAUCGGGACAAGCUCCUGUUUUGCUUGCAACCGAUGUAGCUAGUCGGGGUUUGGACAUUCCGACGGUUGAUCUUGUUAUAAAUUACGAUAUUCCAAGGUUUCCAAGAGAUUAUGUUCACCGAGUGGGACGUACUGCAAGAGCAGGUAGACAUGGAUUGGCUGUGAGCUUCAUUACCCAGAAUGAUGUGGAGCUUAUUCAUGAAAUAGAGGCCAAUCUAGGAAAGAAAUUGGAGAUUUUCGAAUGCAAGGAGAAUGAGGUGCUUGAGAAUGUUACAAAGGUAUACAAGGCAAGACGUGUGGCAGCAAUGAAGAUGGUGGAUGAUGGAUUUGAGGAGAAAGUGAAAGAACGAAAGAAACAGAAAUUUAAAACAUUGGCAGAGAAAGGAUUGUUAAAGAAAAGGAGCAGAAAGAGAAGAAGAGAAAAAGGUUCCAAGGAGUUGGGAGCUGUAUGAGAAUCUGUACCACAUCAAAAUUUUGAUAUUUCACUAACUUAAUACAUCUGUGAUUAUUAUUAUUGCCUAGUGGUUUCAUUGCUUUUGGGUCUUUAGCCAGAUUUUUCUUUUGUAUUUUUUUAUAACCUAGUUCAUGUCUGUCUCUUUUUUCUCCUUUAGAAGGUGAGCAUAUUUCUAAUGUAAUACCGAAUAUCGUCUUCUUUGAAAUGUUUUUACUAAAGUCACAACGAUCAAUUCAAUUGAUC